UCCAUUUUCCUUCUCUUUCUCUUUCGAAAAUUUUCCCGAGAAACAAACGGAAAAUAAGAAAUUGGUAUUCUAUGGCUCCCUCUUUCUCCAUCCUCAAGAACAUGUCCGCUCUCCUCUCCAACGCUCUCUUCAGGCGUGAAUAUUCAGCGGCGGCGGCGGCGUCACAAGGAGUGGCGUCCAGCGCGGCGGCGGGAAGAUUUCCGGCAAGAGGCGGCGGCGUGAUGAAGAAGGAAGAAGCAGUAAGAAGUAGUAGAGAGAAGGUGGCGUGGGUCCCUGACCCGGUCACCGGCUUCUACCGGCCGGAGAACUGCUCCGACGAGAUAGAUGCCGCCGACCUCCGGGCUUUGCUCCUCAAGCCCAGAAGAAACAUAAUCAAUUGAAGAAAGGAGAAAAAAAAAACAAAACGAAAAGAAGUUAGAGAAUUUGGCUAUGGCGGCUGCUGCUGAUUAUAUGAUUCUUUCAGUCUUCGAUGUAAUACUGUAUGAAACGAAACGAUUAAACUGGAAUCUUUUAUGAUUUUUUGUUUUAUACUUUAAUGAAGAUUAUUGGUUUUUAGA